GACAUGCAUGCGCCGGAGGUUCAACAGCAAGCUCCCAAACUCAACGCUGACAGUCUUGCAAGUACUUAUUGAAGUAUAUAUUGAAUUGUGUUGUAAUUAGGUCAUUUAUAUCGUAUAAUGGGUCGACUUUAGUAGCAGUUCAUUAAUACUGGGAAAUUUUGCGAAAUAGGGGCAAGACACAGCGUGCGUUUUUUUUGAUAGCUGAAGUAGCUAGCAAGUCAACGUGAAUAGAGGACAACAUGGUGUAUUCUUUCAUACUGAAAGUUGUGCAGCGUAAUUUGCAUCAAUAUCAAACACUGUCAACGCAAUCCGUUCUGCGAAUAUGUGAACGCAUGCAGAAUAAUUUGCACCUUCAGAAACCGUCUACUGCAACAUCCAGAUUCGUUUUCUAUGGGACUGCAUAUCACUCACCUAUUGUGAGCAAUCUAUUUUGUACACGGAGUCGAAGCAUUUCUGUCGACACAAGAUUGAGAAGUAAAGGAGAAGAGAAGGAUGGUGGACAGGUGUCAGUACCAAGGCAAGGACCUUCUACUGCACAUAAAGUAAAGGAAGCUGGCAAAGACUUUACCUACCUCAUAGUUGUGCUGAUUGGACUCGGAGUAACAGGUGGGUUGUUGUAUGUGGUUUUCCAGGAGCUGUUCUCCUCCUCCAGCCCCAACAAGGUCUACAGCAAAGCCUUCAACAAAACCAGGUUACACCCAGAGGUGAUUGGAGUGUUCGGGGAGCCAAUCAAGUGCUUCGGUGAAACGUCCCGCCGAGGUAGAAGACAGAAAAUCAGUCAUGUGGAGUACAUGAAGGAUGGACUGAAGCACAUGAGACUGAAGUUCUACAUCCAGGGAGAAGAACCAGGCCGGCAGGGAACUGUGCACACAGAAUCUAAAGAGAACCCUGAAACUGGAAAGUUAGAGUUCCGCUACAUCUUUGUGGAAGUAGACACUUACCCCAGGAGAACCAUUGUCAUUGAGGAUAACAGAUAAGGUGGGGACUGAUUCUCUGACCCGGUCUGAAGAGGUGCUGCAGCUGUCUAGCAUCACUCAGAUUAUGUAGGCAAUGCAUCACUUUGUUGAUGAACUUGUUUGUUUCAAAAAGUUUUUCAACAAAUGCCAAUAAAGUUUUAUAGAGUCCGUCGGUGGUGAAACCCAAUAAUAAUUAUUGAUGGAACCAAGUUCCUGUAUCUUGUUGUUUAGUAUGAGUUUCAGAUUUGUUGGGUGAUUUAGAAAAUGUACUGCCAUUGCUGACUUUUCUGAGGACAAUUUCCAUAUUUUUGAGAACUGAGUUAGUGAGGGUGAAGUAUGAUCUCGUGGCUGUUCCCUUCUGAAUGCCAUUAACUGGUGUAUUAAAUUAGCAAUGAUUUGAAGCUAUCCGUUUUAAUGCUCCAUAGAAUAAACAGCUUCUAAAGAAUGGUUUACUUUUGUUGUCAAAUCACGGAAAUGUAAUGCUGAUGCAGAGAUGUUAUUUGUCUAUUGACAGUGAAAAUGUUCAAUGUCUUUGUUCAUGAAUCUACUUCACUGAUUUGAGAUAUGGAAAAACGUUAAAGAUUUUUAAUUAACUAAGACUCCUGUAUUUUGAGAGCAAAUCAAUAGAAUUGUUUUGUGAGUAUGUGGAAAUACAAAAACUGUGUGACUUGAUUAAACCCCCAAUAAUAAAGGAUUCAUUGACCAUGCGAAGUUAGACAUAUUCUGUCACACUGCAAAUGUUCUAUCCCACCCUGAACUUAUUGGAAAUACAUUUUAGAAAAAGUCUGUUGGUACUUAUGCAACACAGGAGGUUGGUGGCACCUUAAUUUGGGAGAAAGGGCUCAUGGUAAUGGCAGGAGCGGAAUAGGUGGAAUGGUAUCAAACACAUGGUUUCAUGUUUGAUUACAUUCGCUCCGUUCCAGACAUAAUGAGCCUUUCUCCCCUCGGCAGCCUCCAUUGUUAUGGACAGUAUUGUUUUGAUUUAGUUCGGGCAAUAUUUGCUAGGAUAUUAUACCAUACCCAAUAUUAUGUAUGCAAAUGUUUACUCGGACCUGAUGAAAUUAGUGUAAACAUCAUCCUAUGACUGAGUACAGUGCCUUCGGAAGGUAUUCAGACCCCUUGACUUUUUCCACAUUUUGUUACGUUACUGCCUUAUUCUAAAAUGUAUCAAAUAAAAAGAAUUCCUCAGCAAUCUACACAAAAUACCCCCUGAGGAAGAAAAGUUUAUUUUUCAAUUUUUGCAAAUGUAUAAAAAACAUCUUAUUUACUAAAAUAUUCAGACCAUUGGCUAUGAGACUUGAAAUUGAAGAAAAAAAGAAAAGGUUCCUGGCGUCUCCUCUAAGGGUUCUUCAAAGAACCCCUUUUAAUGGAUCCUCAGAACCUUUUGGGGGAAAUUAUUAUUAAUAAUAAUAUGCACAACAAUAACACCAUAUUUUAUUUGUCUGU